CCUCAAAAAACCCCAUUAUCUGUUCGCUGCUAAAGAGAAACCUAAAAAACUUUGCCUCUGUGUCUGCAGAUCAAUCCUAACGAUGGCAUGGAUGCAAAUUCUGAACAACACAAGGACAAUUCCUAUUUCAAAUCCCUAUGGGUUCUCGAGAUUCUCCUCCAAGUCCAGUCCUUCUGUUGUGAAGGUUGGAAUACCAGAAUUUCUGAGUGGAGUAGGGAAUGGUGUUGAAACUCAUGUGGCAAAGCUGGAAGCUGAGAUUGGUGACUUUCAGAAACUGCUUGUCACCCGCACUCUUAAGCUCAAGAAACUUGGAAUUCCCUGCAACCAUAGGAAACUGAUACUGAAAUAUGCCCACAAAUAUAGGUUGGGGUUGUGGAGGCCAAGAGCAGAGUCCAUGAAGGCCUAAUUAAGCGGUCUAAUCCUUCGGGAGGUAUACUAAGAAAAGUAUGGUGAACGGAUGAAUGUUUCUUUGUAAGACUGAAUAGUCUGAGAUUUUUGGCCUCCAUUUGUAACCAUCGGUCACCUUUCUCCUCGUUUCAAUGGACAUAAGCUUAGUGAUUUAGGUUAAAAUAUCCAAUGCUUGGCACACUGAAUUUAGUGAAGCAAAAUGACUUGCUUCAUAUAUUCUUCAUUGAUUUCUUCUUUUCU